CGGGGCUUUAAGCGAGCAGGCGGCGUGACGGGUCUCUUUCAGACCGCAUUUGCAACAAAGUUUACAGUGAUACAAAAAUACCGCGAGCGCUUCGCUGCUCUUUAAUCUCUUUAGUCGCGUAUGCGUUACAUAAUCCGAUCAUAUUUGGAGGUAGUUUUCAAUGCAGUCGGAGGUGUGAAUGUCGGAAGCGGUCGAAGUCCAGAUGGAAAAAAGUGCCAGUGGAUUUGGGUCCUGCUUUGCGGCGGUGGAAUUUGAAUUUUGCUGAUGAAAGUGAAUUAGGAAAAGUGUUAAACUAAAAACAGUGAUAUUUUAUUAUUAUUAUUAUUAUUAUUAUUAUUAUUAUUAUUUGUUGUUGUUGUUGUACUAUUGGAAGUAGUAGUAUGAAAUAGGACAUUUCCCCAUUUCUUCUUCUGUUUAUCCAGUUUUUCUGAGUCGAGCAGGCAUCCACAAGUUCCUUCUGUCUCGCCCCCAAACCCCGAAGCUGUCCUAUGGUUAUAACCCCAACAUGAACGUGGGCAGAAGUGGAUACAGGGUUUUCUGCGCCAACAACAUCCCAGCAUGCACCGAACUGGCCAACAAGAUCACUGAGCGUCUUGGUGUGGAACUGGGCAAAUCGGUGGUGUUUGAGGGGGCUAACAGAGAGACCACAGUGGAGGUGAAGGAAUCAGUCAGAGGACAGGACAUCUUCAUCAUCCAGACCAUACGCAGGGAUGUGAACACGGCGAUCAUGGAGCUGCUGGUGAUGGCGUACGCUCUGAAGACGUCCUGCGCCAAGAAUAUCAUCGGCGUCAUCCCGUAUUUCCCUUACAGCAAGCAGUGCAAGUUGAGGAAGAGAGGAUCCAUCGUCUGCAAGUUGCUAGCAUCCAUGCUAGCUAAAGCAGGUCUGACCCACAUCAUCACCAUGGAUCUGCACCAGAAAGAGAUCCAGGGUUUCUUCAACUUCCCUGUGGAUAACCUGCGAGCUUCACCGUUUUUGCUGCAGUACAUCCAGGAGGAGAUCCCUGACUUCAGAAAUGCUGUUAUUGUUGCAAAAUCACCGGCGGCUGCAAAGAGAGCUCAAUCGUAUGCCGAGCGUCUGAGACUCGGUUUGGCAGUAAUUCACGGUGAAGCUCAGUCUGAGUCUGAUCUGGCCGACAGUCAAAACUCUCUUCCUGUGUUCAAGCCCUCAGGUGGACCUCCAGGCCUUGAGCUGCCCGGGAAGUACCACGCUCCGUUCCCUGGCAUCGAGCUUCCAAUGAUGAUGGCUAAAGAGAAACCACCCAUCACCGUGGUGGGAGACGUUGGAGGUCGAAUCGCCAUCAUUAUUGAUGACAUCAUCGAUGACGUGGAGGACUUUGUGGCAGUGGCAGAGAUUCUGAAAGAGAGAGGAGCGUAUAAGAUCUACGUCAUGGCCACUCACGGCUUGCUCUCGGCCGACGCCCCGCGCCUCAUCGAGGAGUCCCUUAUAGACGAGGUGGUGGUGACUAACACUGUCCCCCACGAGGUCCAGAAGCUUCAGUGUCGCAAGAUCAAGACGGUGGACGUCAGUAUGAUUCUGGCUGAAGCCAUCCGCCGCAUCCAUAACGGAGAAUCCAUGGCCUACUUGUUCCGCAACAUCACUGUGGAUGACUAACAGCACGAUGUUAAAAAGAGUAAAAAGACUGGUCCUCAGGCUGAUCCAGGACCAGUCUGGGGCCUUUUUCUGUGGUGCCUCGUGUUUCAUCUGGUGGUUUCAGAUCCUGAUUUAUCAACAACAACAAAAAAAAGCGUGGCAGUAUGAACAUCUUCCUUGUGCAGGAAGCUCAUGCUCCAUCUACAGCACAGACGUAAUUAUUCCAAUAACAGUCUCAGCAUGGAGGAGAAGAGGAGAUGGAGAAACAGUAUGCCAUUCCAUGUCUGUUGGAGUGCUCUAACAGUGUUAUGCUCACUUUUUUCAUUUUGUGAAUUAUGCACUACAUUUCACAAUAUACACCAUACAGCUCCUGUUGAAAUAUAUUCUGUUCUGUUUUUUGUGUCUGUCUGGUGUCAUGUAUAAAAAUGGUGGACCAGAAAAAUCAAUAAAUCAAUUUCCUUUAA